AUGGCAUCAUCAUCGGCGUACAUGCAGCGCCCCACCACCGGUGGCGGCGGCGGCCGCCACACGUCUGCGGGUGCCAACCGCCCGGCCACUAGCGGCGGGGGCAGGGAAAGUAGCGCGCGGGGUAGGGCGUCGACGGGUGCUCCGCGGAACAACCCCGCGCGGAACUGCCCAUCCCCGCUGGACGUUAUCGACGAUGGCGGACACUUCUUCCCCUCUCCCCGCAAUCGCCCCGCGGAUACCUUUUCGACCGCCAGGCGCCACCUUUCCCCCUUCGACUCUCACCGCGGCGGGGGGCGGGUCGCCCGCAGCGGCGCCUCCGGCUGCUUAGAUAGGUACUUGGGGGAAGACAUGGCGGAGGCUGGUCUGGAGGCGCCCCAGAAACAGCGGUAUCCGGGGAAAGGGAUGGCGGAGAUGGCGGAGGAAUGGCCUCCGCGGAGCUCUGUGCGGCGCUCGAUGCGGCGCGCGGGAUCCAUGGAGGUUUCCUCGCUGAUGCGGCGCGCCAGUGAUUUCGACCCCCCAACCUCCCGCGGCCUCGCCGCGAGUUAUGGCACUCGCGCGGGGAAGGGGCGCGCUGAACAGGGGGAACACGGGGAUGCGUGGAACGACGCGAGCAGCCGCAAUGAGGGAGGAGAGCGGCAGGGGUUGCGGAGCGAGCGCGCGGACGGCGCGGGAAGAGCAAGGGUGUCGCGGGAGGGCGGGGAGGAGAUGCGCGAAGGCGGAACGGGGCGGCGGAGCCACGCAGGCGUGGCGGCUGUAGAUAUUUACCGGGCGGAGGAGCAGGGGGAAGAGGAGGAGGCAGGCGAUACGAGCUGCGACAUGUCGCCGUAUGCGACAGGCGACACCUUUGGCGAAAUGUCGCUCUACUCUACGGGCGACACUAGCAGCUACAGGAGCAGCCGCCAAUCGCGGUCCAGUCAGGAGUCCGACGAGGCGGACAGCGCCGCCUGGGGGGGGUGGGGCGCGCCGUGGGCGGAGGGCGCGGGCAGCGAGCGGGAGAAACCGCGGGUGGCGGAGCCGAGGUUCGCGGAGGCGGCGGGAGCGGGGGGGCGCGCGCGGAGGAUGCGGCGGGCAGUGAGCAGCGUGGGGGGCGGGUCGUUUGGUAGCAGGGGGAUGGGGAGAGAGGGGGGGGGCGCGUUACAUGCGUCGUCCCCCCGGCGGCGCACAGCAGCAGGAGAAGCGGGAGGAAGGGGAGGAGCAGGAGCAGGAGCAGGAGCAGCAGGAGAAGGAGCAUUUGAAAAUGGUGGAGACAUCGGCUCGAGAGCUAGGAUUGGGAGGAGGAAGAGCGGUGUGCGGUGGGAUAUAGCGAUCCGGGACGACGAAGAGGAGGGGGGGAAGGGGGAAGGGGAGGGGGAAGUGGAGCAGGGGAGGGCAAGGGGGAGGGGAGGGGGAAGGGAAAGGGAGGGGGAUGGGGAUGCAAGGAAUGCGCGCAGAGGGCAUGAGGCGGACGAGGAGGAGGACGAGCGCGCGUCUCGUUCCCCCCACUCGUGCAGCAGCGGCAGCUACCUGCGCUCGCCCACGGGCAGCGCGGAGACGAGCGGGUCCGCCACUCCCCGCGCCGCAAGCGCGCGCGCCGGCGGCGCCAAUCGCGCAGGCGCGAGAACGGGCACGGCAACGGGCGGAAAUGGUAGAGUUACGGGGGGGACAGGCGGUGAGGGUGUAGGCACGAGUUGGAUGCAACGGAGUGAGAGUAGUGAGAGUGGGAGUGGGGCGACGCGGAGAGAGAGUGAGAGGAGAAUGAGUGGCGGCAGUGAGAGAGGCGCGCGGAGGGGAGCAGAGGGGGGGGUGGAGGAAGGGGAGGAGGACGGGCCGGAAGAAGAGGAGGGGUACGGAAGAGAAGAUGAGCGGCAGGAAGGAGGAGGAGGGGACAGCACGUUGCUAGGGCUGCGGUCGCCACAGGGGCAUGUACUGCCAGGCAUGGUGCUGCGCCCCGCGUCCCUCGCUCUCCCUGCUGCACCUGCAGCAGAGACGCCUGGUGGAAAAACACCUCAACAGCACAAGCUGCAGCAGCAGCCAUUGGCGUUUGAUUUGAGUCAAAAGGUACCGAUAUGGGGGCGGGGACAUGGGGAGGAAGAGGGGAGCCGCGGAGGCGGGUUGGCGGAGGAGAGGGGGAAAGGGGGGAGGAGGUCAGAGGAGGAAAGGCGGAAUGGGGAGCAGAUGGGGGAGGAGUGGCUUGGGGGUGGUGUGCAUGGGAUGAUGAUGCUGCCUGGGCGGGGGAUGGGCCGGGGGCGGCUGUCUCGGGGUUUAUCCAUGUCAGCAUGUGCGCUGCGGCGGUUGCAGGAGGAUGGGAGUGAGAGAACCAGCAACUGCGAUAGUGGCAGUGACAGUGACUGUAACGGGGGAGGCUAUAGUGGUGGAGUGAGCACAGGGAGCGUGAAUGUGAAGCACACUGGUGGAGGGCCAGGGCAGCAGCACGGAAUGGAAGGGGGAUUGCGAGGCGGGGAGGUUGGAGGGGGACUGGGGAGGGGAGGCGGGAGGGGGAGGGGGUCGGGCGGCGGAAGUGGGCGGGGGAUGCGGACGGCGUCGCAGCACGGGCGGCACAGCAGCAUGUCUUGGGCGGCAGAGGCGGCCAUUCAGGCAGCGAUGGGCGUGGGGGGGGGUGUGGGCGUGGGAGAGAGGCUGGGGAACGGGGGGAGACUGGCUCGUAGGGACUCCAUGCCUCUGCUGGCGCUGGCACAUGUGGAGGCGCAUGAGGGGGAAGGGGGAAGGGGAAGCGGAGGCGGAGGCGGAGGGGGAGGGGGAGGGGUUGGGGGAUUGGCUGCGGGGAUAGGCGCGGGAGGAAUGGUGCCCAGCAGUAACAGUAGGAGCGGUGGGGGCGCGGGGGGCGUGGCAGAGCGCAUGGCAGGGCGCCUGGCAUCUACGCUGUCGGGGAAAUUGAUGGGGCUGGCGCGACUGGGGAGUGGGGUGCUGCUGGGGGAUGGGCGUGGGGGGAAAGGGAUGAAGGUGGGCGGGGGGAGUGGCGGAGGAAAGCACGAAGGUGACGCUGCUGCUGCUGCUGCUUCUGCUGUUGGUGCUGGUGGCACUGGCACUAAUGGCGUGGUUGAUUCUGGUAACUCUGUUCCCGCGGUCCCAACUGCGCGAGUAGCUUCCUCAGUAUCAUCACCACUCUCAUCAUCACCAGCAGCAGCAGACGCAGCAGCAGCAGCAGCAGCAGCAGCAGCACUGGGAGGGGAAGCAGGGGCAAGGGAGCACAGUCACCUCCGCCCUGCGCCCUCCGACGCUGCUGCUUCCCGCCCCCGCACUGCCGGCUUUCGCUCUGCCUCCAUCGCAGGCCCUUCCCGACCCGACGCGUCAGCAGCAGGGGGGAGCUUUGCGGAGCUUCUGGGGGGAAGCAGGGCAGAGAAGGGGCUGGGGAGGGGGCGGCUGCGGUCGUCUGGGGGGAGUGGGAUGUGGGCGGAGUGGCACUCCUCCUCCCGUGGCCCCGGUAGCUUUCUCGGCGGCGGCUUGCUGAUUGGGAAAGCUGUGGGCCAAUCGCGGCCUGCCACGGCAGCAGCCCGGGUGUUGAGGUCUCCGACUGGUGGUGGAAGCAGCAGCAGUGGCGGUGGUGGUGGUGGUGGUGAUGGGGUUGUCUCUUUUGAGAAUUCUAAAAAAGGUGCGGGGAGGGAGCUAGGGGGGGAGGAGGGGCGGAAGGGAGGGUUGGUGCGAGCGGCGGAAGGCAGUGGGAAGCAGCCUAGGUAUGUGUGCCUUGCGCCUAGUGAGGAUAGCGAGGAGAGUGAGGAGGGGAGCGAGGAGGGGAGUGAGAGAGGGAGUGAGCAGGGGAGUGAGAAGGUUGGUGAGAAGGGGAUGGAGAGGGGGAAUGAGAGGGUUGGUGAUAGGGGGAGUGAGAGGAAUAGUGAGAGGGGGAGUGAGAAGGGGAGUGUGAGGGGGAGUGAGAUGGGGAGUGAGAGGGAGAGAAGAGUGGACUUGUAUGAGGAUGACCGUGCUUCUGUGGCAAGUAGUGAUCGGACAGGGAAGGGAGCGCAGGUGGGUGGUGGUCAAGGAAGCAGCGGCAAGGGGUACCAGUAUGAAGGGGAGCAAGGGGAGUUGUAUGGUGGCAAUGGCAUGGGGCGGGGAGUUGAUGGGAUGGGCGGGAGUGGUGCAGGAGAGAGCGGGCAAGGCAGUGUGGGACGGGGUAGGAAGGGCGUGGAUGAGGGACAAUGGGCGGGCUCGCAUCUUGACAUCCACACCGCACAUCAUGAGACCCACCACUCCCAUCAUGAGGCUCACCCCUCGCAUCACGAGAAGAGCCACCACUUGCAAGAAGCGAACAGGGGUUUUCCGGCUGAGGUGGUGUGGGCUGAUAGUGCGCUUCGUGGCAUUGACGAUGCUCUGUGGGUUGAUCCUGAUAGCAAGAGCCAAGGGCAAGGAGCUUGGGAGGAGGAGGAGGUGAAUGCGGAGGAGGGGCAAGGAGGGGAAGAGGAGGAGGAAGAGGAGGAGGAAGAGGAGGAGGAAGAGGAGGAGGAAGAGGAGGAGGAAGAGGAGGAGGAGGAGGAGGAAGAGGAGGAGGAAGAGGAGGAAGAGGAGGAGGAAGAGGAGGAGGGAGAGAAGGAAUUAAUAACCCGUCAGGAGGAGGACCUUUAUGGGGAUAGAUGCGCUGGUGGUGCGGAGGAGGAGGAAGAGGAGGAGGAUGAUGAUGAUGGGUGGUGGCGGGAUGGCAGGCGGAGAGACGACAGGAGACGAGAGGAGGCGAUGGAGGAGGAGAGGAGACGGGGGGAGCGAAGGAGGGAGGAGGGGAGGAGACGGGAGGAGGAGAAGAGAAGAGAGGAGGAGAGGAGAAGAGAUGAGGAGAGGAGAAGAGAGGAGGAGAGGAGGAGAGAGGAGGAGAGGAGAAGAGAGGAGGAGAGGAGAAGAGACGAAGAGAGGAGAAGAGAGGAGGAGAGGCGGAGAGAGGAGGAGAGGAUUCGAGAGCAGGUGCGAGCAGAGGAAAGGCAGAAGGUCCUGGAGGAGUUAGAGCGGGAGAGGGAGCAGCGGAGGAGGGCGGAGGGGGAGCUACGGAGGCUGGAGCAGGAGAGGAGGGAGCAAGAGGAGCGCAUGCGGGCAAUCAAGGAGAAGCGGCGAGCAGCCAAGCAGAGGCUAAGGGUUGAUGUAGCCGGGCUGCGCACCCCCACAUCCGCCUUUUCCUCCACUUCCUCCUCUUCUUGCUCCUCCGCCACCUCCUCCCCGGGUUUCUCCCCUCUCAUGUCCUGCCCUGUGAGGUCUCCCUCCCCUCUGUCCGCCUCCCCGCUUUCUGCCUCCCCCCUGUCUGCGUCCCCUCUCUCCUCCUCCUCUCCCUUCCGCAAGACAGCACGGAGCAGCAGGAUGGAGCAGCAGCGAGCGGAGGCGAGAGGGGGAGUGGGACACUGUGAGGUGCCGGCCCGAACUGGCGUGGCUGCGUGGGCUGAUGCUGUGGAUGCUGGGGGGAAGUGGCCCGGGGGUGGAGAUGCGAGGAGGAGAGAGGAAGCGGGUGAGGCCGAGGGAGAGGGUGCGGGAGAGGGGAGGUGGGGGAUGCAGGGGGGGAGCAUGCGACCAGUGACUCCAGAGCCAAUGAGAGCACGACUGACACGGAAGAACCGAGAGGUGAUUCGGCCCAGCAAGGCCAAGAAGAAAAAGAGGGAGAAGGUGAAGGGGAAGGGGAAGGAGAGGGAUGAGACGGAUAAGGAGGGGGAGCAGGGAACGGAAAGGGAGGAGGAGGAGGAGGUGGAGGGGAGGGGAAAGGCUGGGAGGAGAGCUGGUGAUGUGGCGGGGGAGAGGGCUGUGUGGAGUGAGAUGCGGCAGAGAGAGGCAGCGGAGGAUCGGGAGGGCACUGGAUUCGGUUGGGAUGGGAAGAAGGGAGCCGGAAAGGGGAGACACGGAGAGGAGGAAGCGGAGGAGGACGAGGUAGAAGGGGGGGAGAAGGAGGAGGAAGACGAUGAGGAGGAGGAAGGGGAGGAGGAGUGUGAAGGCGGCGAGUUGCAACUGGAGCCGGACGGAACCUUGAACAUUCUCCAGCGGCCGUUUGUGCCAGUUGCAGACAGCUACUGGCUGGACCGCAGCGAGCUGGGGCGCGGCAGGUUCGGCAUCAUCCGGCUGUGCCUGUGCCGCAGGACCGGCGGGAGGUUCGCGUGUAAGACGAUCAGCAAGGAGCUGCUGACGUGCCAGCAGGAUGUGGAGGACGUGCGGAGAGAGGUGGCGGUGAUGGGACUGUUGCACGGCCACCCGCACGUUGCUGCGCUCAUUGACACGUUUGAGGACGACCAGCACGUGCAUCUGGUGAUGGAGCUGUGUGCGGGGGGAGAGCUGUUCGACCGCAUCAAGGCCAAGGGGCGCUACUCGGAGCCGCAGGCAGCGGCCGUGGUGGCCACGGUGGCGCGCGUGCUGCAGCAGUGCCAUGCGGCGGGCGUGAUCCACCGCGAUGUGAAGCCCGAGAACAUCCUGUUGUGCACCAAGCAGAGCGACACUGAUGUGAAGCUCAUUGACUUUGGUGUCGCCACCUUCUUCCAGCCAGGUGUGCCCUGCACGGACAUGGCAGGCAGCCCGUAUUACCUCGCACCAGAGGUUCUCGCAGAGAGCUACGGGCCCGAAGCAGACGUGUGGAGCACGGGAGUGGUGCUGUACAUCCUGCUCUCUGGCCUUCCUCCCUUCUGGGCGCCUAACAACGAGGCCAUCUUCCAAGCCAUCAAGGCCGCCCCCGUGAACCUCGUGCGCCCGCCGUGGCCGUCGGUGUCCGGCGAGGUGCGGGACCUGGUGCGGCGCAUGCUGGAGAAACGGCCGGAAGACCGGAUCACGCUCGCGGAGGUGCUGG